GAAGAUGAUCUGGUUGCAAAGUUUUAUUACCAAAGGAAGAAGAUUAUAUGGGAAUAUUUAGACUGGGAUGUGAGACUGAAAAAUAAGAUUGAAAUAAGGUGGGAUAAUGUCUCAGCUAUUAGAGCAACUAGUGCUGAGAAUGGAGACAGUCUUGACAUUCAGCUAUAUGAGCCUCCUGCAUUUUUCAAUGAGAUUGAUCCGCUGCCAAGAAAAUUAUCCGAGUGGGAAAGUACAACAGACUUCACUGCAGGACUUCAAGGUUCGACUUACAGGUAAGUAUGACCUUUCAGAAAUCAAGUUUCUGCAAACGGUUUGGUUUUUCCCUAAUAAGAUCUUGUUUCACAGAAAGUCUUUCCCUAACAAGAAAAGACAGGUUUAUGCUAUAUUGCAAUUUUUUCUUGGCCUCUAUAGAAAUGAAAACAAGCGAUUUGUCCUGUUUCGAUGUUUCUGAUUGCUUCAUGAUAUAUAUAUAUCUCAGUUGGCAUCAACUCAAAGCUCCCUCAGGAUACCUUGGCAGACAUUACAAUAACCUUUUGUCUUGCGACGAACGGUUGUUGAAGUUGAGCAAGGAACCAUUCCCAACUGCAACAAAUCAGUGUUUUCGCUCAAAUUCAUCUUGUCAGGUUGUUGCCUCUGAUAGAAGCAAUACACAUGGAGUCACUGAUUCACAGUUUGCUCUCCUGGACAAAGUUCAGUCGCAUUUACCUUCGCUUUAUCCUCAAGAAACACUGCAACCAUUCCAUCCUCCAUCACUAUCAGAAUAUCAAUACAUGGAUGAACAUAGCAACAGAUUGUCAGCAAAGGAAGUGAUGCCAUAUAGUGGUGGACCUGGUGUUCAAUGGAAGAAGAAUGAAAAAGCUUUCUCUAGAGACCAAUUUCAGCAUGUAGAGUCGAAUUACUUUGCUAACAACCAAGCAAAUGAUUAUCAGAACUAUGAUUCAGCAGCGUCUAGUUCACAAUCCAACUAUAGAAAUAUGCAUGGAAUCACUGGUUCACAGAUUGAUCUUCCAUACAAAUCUUUACAGAAUUGGUCUUCACUUCAUCCUCAACAAGCAGUUCUACCAUUCUCUUCUCCAUCAGUACCAGGUAACCACAUCUUUGCCAAUGCAGAUAUUUCCUUCAGCAUGAAAAAGAAUACUAAUGGUAGAACUGUUUGCUGAGAGACUCAUUAACUCUUUAAUGUUUUCUGGUGACAGAACAUCGACGCAUGGACGUCCGUAGCAAUGGAUACUUGGAAAGUGUAGUGAUGCCAUAUAUUGGUGGUCAAGAGAUUGAUCUUCCACACACAUCUUUGCAGAAUUGGUCUUCACUUCAUCCUCAACAAGCAGUUCUACCAUUCUCUCCUCCAUCAGUAUCAGGUAACCACAUCUUUGCCAAUGCAGAUAUUUCCUUCAGCAUGAAAAAUAAUACAAUGGUAGAACUGUUUGCUGAGAGACUCGUGAACUCUUCAAUGUUUUCUGGUGACAGAACAUCGACACAUGGAUGAGCGUAGCAAUGGAUACUUGGAAAGUGUAGUGAUGCCAUAUAUCGGAGGUCAAGAGACGAGGAGGAGAAAUGCUCUUUCUAGAGACCAAUUUCAGUCUCCAGUGUCGAGUUA